CCCAAAUGGUCUUAAAUCGUCUUUUAUUCUGAAGUUAUGGAACCGGAAUUGAAAGUGGUGUACUAGGGUGAGCCAGCAGACUGAACUGGGUUACAGUUGUGUUAUGAUUUUGCUACAGUGCAUUAUUAGUAAUGGAAAGAGUAUUUGUUACCACUGGUAAUAUGCAUGGAUAAAUGGGGCAUUGUGGAUAUUUCUUUCACUUAUCGGACGUGACUUCUGAGGUACUGGCACUUUACCUGUCUUGAAAGCAAAGAAUAAUCAAGAAAAGGAGAUGGAAAUGAUGAUUGCCCUCCACUUGUCAUCAGCCACUUCUUUAAGACGCUUAGAGAGAGUCUAAAAGAAAGUGAAAAGGAUCCUCUAAAAUUCAGGCAAGACAGUGAAACAAAGAGAAGAACAUCCAAAUCUGUAAGCAUUAUAGAGCAGAGGAAAUGGCUUUCUUGGACAACCCAGCCAUUAUUCUGGCCCACAUCAGACAGUCUCAUGUGACCAGUGAUGAUACAGGAAUGUGUGAGAUGGUACUAAUAGACCAGGAUGUGGAUCUGGAGAAAUGUCAACUGGCUCUGGUGCCUGGCAGCAGCUGUGGGUCAACAGGGUCAGGCUCCCUGAGCGAGGGGAGUAACAACCUGACAGACAAUCACGCCUGUGACCUUUCCCAGUCCAUGGACAUCACCUCCAGCUGGGACUUUGGCAUCCGUCGGCGCUCCAACACAGCUCAAAGACUUGAAAGGUUAAGGAAGGAACGGCAGAACCAAAUCAAAUGUAAAAACAUUCAAUGGAAAGAGAGGACAUCCUCCCAAUCAGUUGAGGAUCUGGGGUCUCUGUUUGAGAAACGGGACUUUAAAGACAGGCCUCGGACAACAGGUACCAAAUCCACUCUUUCUUUGCGGCUUGAGCAGUGUCCCCAGCAGCUUAACAACCCCUUCAAUGAAUACUCCAAAUUUGAUGGCAAGGGCCACAUUGGCACAACGGCUACAAAGAAGAUAGACGUCUACCUCUCAAUGCAGAUGGCUCAGGAAAAGCUGCAUCCAAUGACAGUGGUGACCAUUGCCAACGCCCGCGUCCACGACCUUAUUGGCCUCAUCUGUUGGCAAUACACAAGUGAGGGACGAGAACCCAAACUUAAUGAGAAUGUGAACGCUUAUUGUCUCCACAUCGCUGAGGAUGAUGGUGAGGUGGACACAGACUUCCCUCCACUAGACUCCAAUGAGCCAAUCCACAAGUUUGGUUUCAGUACUCUGGCCCUGGUGGAGAAAUACUCCUCACCUGGCCUAGCUUCCAGACAGUCACUGUUUGUCAGAAUAAAUGCUGCUCAUGGUUUCUCUUUAAUCCCUGUGGACAGUCUGAAGGUAACCAUGAAAGAAAUUCUCCAGAAAGCACUCAAGAAGAGGAAAGGCUCGCAGAAGGGCUCAGGACCCAUGUACCGUCUGGAGAAGCAAACUGAGCCAAAUGUGGCAGUUGACCUGGACUCGACACUGGAGAGCCAGAGCACCCUGGAGUUUUGCCUGGUCAGAGAAAACAGCUCCAGGGGCGAGGAGAGCUCUGAGGAAGACCCUCCCAUUGACAUCACCACAGUUCAAGACAUGUUGAGCAGUCACCACUAUAAGUCCUUUAAGAUCAGCAUGAUCCACAAGCUGCGCUUCACCACAGAUGUCCAGCUAGGCAUUUCAGGUGAGAAAGUGGAGAUUGAUCCUGUCACCAGUCAGAAGGCCAGUACUAAGUUCUGGAUUCGGCAGAAACCCAUCUCUAUCGACUCAGACCAUCUUUGUGCCUGUGAUCUUGUAGAGGAAAGAAGCCCCAGUCAUGCAAUAUUUAAGCUCACUUAUCUCAGCAACCAUGACUACAAGCCUCUCUACUUUGAGUCUGAUGCUGCUACUGUAAAUGAAAUAGUGCUAAAGGUGAACUAUAUCCUGGAGUCUCGGGCCAGCACCUCCCGGGCUGAUUACUUUGCCCAGAAGCAACGGAAACUGAGCCGUCGGACCAGCUUCAGUUUUCAGAAGGAGAAGAAGACUGGCCAAUAGACAGACCUAAGCUGCUCAGCCACCUGUCUAUCUGUAUAUGCACAGAUGGAUCUACACACAUACUCAUAAACAGACAGCAUUAGUCUAAACAUAAGAGGAGACUGAUAGGAAAGUCAAGUCAAAGAAGACGGAAAGGAAACAGCAGGUAGACGUGUGUCUGCUUCAGUUGAACAAGGUGGAUGCCUCUGAAACUCCAUGGGCAAUGAGAGUCCGCGAGCAAAAGCAAACUAAAUAUUCUUUUUCUACUAAAAGAAAAAGUCUUUGAAGAAUUGUGGGACAGAGUUUUGGCUGCCGUCAGUUGAUGUUUGUUCAUCUCUGAAUAGAAGCGCCGUCCUCCAGGAUGGAUUUGUACAGCUUCAAUAAGUUGGUUAUGUACACCCAACAAACAAAACAAAGCUACAUGCUACAUCUUUGCUCCUGGCCUCAGUUUUUACCAGAUUUGACAUAACAACACGGACAUUUUUAUUCAGUUUUAAUUAAUUUUAUUUGUCAGUCUAUACAAUUCUCUGAGAAAAUGGCAGUUGAAAUGUAGCUUCCACUUAUCCCUCUUUUUACUCACCACACACAUGCAACUAAGGACAGGCUGUAGUACAGAGCUCGUACAGCAGUUGAGGGGUUCAGUGCCUUGCCCAGGAGCACAUCAGCAGUGCCCAGGAGGUUAACUAUUACCUCUCCAGCUGCUGGUCCACACUCCAUACUUGAUCUGUAAGGGGGAUCUGAAACGGUGUCCCUCUGGUUCCUAAGCCAAGUCAGCCAAUGAACUGAACUACUGCUGCCCUCCCAAAACAUUUACAUUUUUAAUGUACUAUACAUUUAUAUUCAGGAAAUGAAAUGAUGAUACAGAAAUGAAAUUACCCAGGCUGGAUUUUAAAUUCAGACCAAUACUCUUCUGGCUUGAAUCCGGAUAACAAAUCAAAUCAAUAUCUACCCCCAGUUAUAGGCCAGUUUAUUAAGUCCACCUAGCCUAAACUAAAUCCCUGUAUUACGUUGUGCUGACAGGUGUUUGUUAUUUAGUCUACCCUUGUUUAUGGAAAUGUGAUGGACAAAAUAAGAGAAACACCUCUCUAUAUAUCAACACCUCACAGUCAACAAAAACUGAACAUUCUACCCUUCAUGAAGGGAUCAGACUGCAUUAGUUUUAGCUUGGUGGACCUGCUUAACUGGCAGCCGAGUGCAUUAACAUUGUUCAGUGUGAUUCAGAAGGGUGUGACCAUGGCACAUUGUUAGGAUUUUUAACAAAAUGACACUGCAUAUGAAAGCUUUAUUAAGCUUUUUAAAGGGACAGCAGCAGCAACAAGGUAUCCCUUCUGUGUGACUCUGAGUUUGGGUUUAAACCAUACCACCAUUUUGAAGCCACAGAAUUCACUUUCAGGCACUGUUGUAGAGCUGAGGUUCAUCAAGCAAGUACCAUAGCUAAAUGCAGUAGAUGGAGAUACCUGUCAAUAAAGCCAAUGUACCCACAAAUGUCAGUCAGUCUUAAAGCUACACUGUGGUAUUUUUUGCCACUUGUAGUGCUGUGCACCUGUGUUCAGAUAAAGACACAGGACGCACUAAACACAUUCCUUCUGACGGUUCAGGUUGUUCCACUGAUGGACAGUUGGUGGCAGUAUCGCACCAAGAAAUGAAGUAGUGCUUCAGCAGAAGGCAGGUAAAAAAAAAAACAAAAAAACUGCAAGCUAGUUUAACAUGUCAGUAAACAAUGGUAAUACUCAAUAAACCAGCUUCAUGAAUGUUUUUUAAGGGAGUAAAUGCUUUGUUACAGUAACACACAUUUAUACAAAGAACUCCAAGUGUGUUUGCCUGGAACCAUACUCGCCAUACUGGUGCACCAUAGAGAAGUUCAUUUGCUGUACACACAGAUACAAUGCACUUAAGUGAGAAAUUAAAUGUCAGUGUAACUGGUUACAGAAAUAAUCUACAGGGUACCCUUUAAAAGGUGAUUUUGGAAUAUUUUCAAGUCCAUCUUAAUGCAUCACUCACAUGCCAUAUGCAUGUUAAAAGUGUUACUAUAGAUGUUGCUUAAUGCUUCUCUCCAUACUUUCCAUGACUUAAGGAUGACUACACUACAAGGCCCUGAUCACACAAAGUGUUUUAGCAGCUCGAGGCAGGGUUUUGCAAUUGUUUUUAAUGAGAAUGAAGCUUUUUGCUGGCUUGAAAAACUUCAACUCAGGGCGGAAAAACACCUCACAUCAUCUUUACUUUUUUCCCGUUGUCCAGUCAGAUGAUUUUAAAGUAAACAGUUGGUAAACAAUGGAGGUUGUGGUUGCUGGAUACCCAGAGCUAUACGACUUUACAAAUCACAGUUACCACCUUCUCAACAGAACACAGCAGGGAUGGAAGCAUGUAAGUGCAGUACUUGGAAUGGCCAUCAUGGAGGCGAAGCUCCUGGACCAACUGGUGGUACUCCCCAUGAUCCACCCUCUUUUUUAGGGCCUCAUGUACCCACACAGUUCUCCGUUUCCUGGUGCCCAACAAACUUUACUGACAGCCUCUCACCCUCAACCAGAGCUACAGCAAGCACUCUGCCUGUCCAUUUUAGGAACUAGCUACUAAUUACUGUGAAAAUAAGUUAGUAGUUUUAUAGCCAAAAUAAACAGUAGUUUGAAUACACCGGAAGUUUAGAGUAAGGAGGUGAUGGGGCUGUUGUAUGGGGUGCCGUUUGUAAAGUGGCUCACACUGAAAAUAACAUCAACAUUUUGCCACAUUUAGCUUCAAACAAUGUUUAAAAAAGUGUUUUUUAACGUCACCUUUUACCACAUUUACAGCAAUAUUUGUUAACUUAGAAAUAUAUCAAAUAGUUAAAUCUAAAUACUAAAUGUGGCACCUAAAUGUUAAAUGUUAAAUCUAAAUAAUAAAUCUAAAUGUGAAAUCUAAAUCUAAAUAUUAAAUCUAAAUGCUAAAUCUAAAUGUUAAAUCUAAAUAUUAAAUCUAAAUCUAAAUGUUAAAUCUAAAUGCUAAAUAUUAAAUCUAAAUCUAAAUGUUAAAUCUAAAUGUUAAAUGUUAAAUCUAAAUGUUCUGGGUGAAACUAAAUAUUUAGCUAAUAUGCAAAUUCACACUGCCGGUCACCGGAAGUACCAAAAUAAAAUCUCAAAACGGUCAGACUGUGUUCAUAGUAUCAUCGGGGGAAAUGAACACUUGAACAUACAUUAGCAUGAUAAUAACUACCUAAAAUAACAAAAAACAUGUUUGGAGAAAUUUUAUUUGACGUGUACUUUGAGUUGUUAGUGUCCCUUGGGAGGGAAUUGCCUUGUUGUUAACAAAUCCAUGAAACUCCAUGAAAAAUAUUUUUUUCCAGCAGAUGUCUUAGUUACAACAUGAUUGAGCUAGCAGUUUUGUGUUGCUAUGUGUGGUAUUUAUUCAGUUUUCGGAAAAUCACGAUGUCUAGAAAGCAUCAGUGGCCGCAGCUUACAGGGUCAGCUAACAGCAGAAGCAAAGCUAACAUCAGGACGUCAUCUGUUGAAAGCCUCCCGCUGUUGGAUACGGCAUGAAACUACUCCAGUUAGCUCAAUCAUGUUGUAACUAAGACAUCCGCUGGAAAAAAAUAUUUUUUUCAAUGAGUCAUUACAGACACCACUAACGGGGCUAACAGCUAACGGUUAGCCCCGCUAAUCUAUGAUAACCAUUCAAUCAUUGUGUUUAUAGACUUUACAAACAUCAGAUUAGUCUAAACGGUGAUAUAGUGACGUGAAAAAUGUGAGAUAUUACAUUUUGGUACUUCCGGUGACCGGCAGUGUGAAUUUGCAUAUUAGCUAAAUAUAAAGGCUGCAUCCCAAGUCUCUUAAAAUUACUGCUAACCACCUUAUCUAGCCACCUUAUCUAACUGUUUAGUCCCUCCCGCUUAGGAAAACGUGCAAGGAGUCAGGAGUUAGGAGUGAGGAGCGAGGAUUGCUGAUUAAGAGACAUGACUGCCUUACUCUGAAGCGUCACGUAAAGCAACGUCCUAUUCUGGUGACGGCACCACAGCUGGAUCUGCUGCAUAACGGAGCCAGCGUUUGGCGUACAUCCCAAGUCCCAUUAUAUUCGCUGAUCAAAGCCGUAACCCCCAUCAUGACUUUGGUCACACACUUUUGCAUGUAUUACUAUUGUUACUGAGUCAUUUGCCAAAGUUUGUCGCAAUUAUAGAAUGGUCUGUAGCCCUGCCACCGUCACUGUGAUGAGCAUCAUUAUCAUUAUUAUUAUCAUCAUCAUCAUUGUUAUCACAAUUAUUAAAUCCACUCACCAUCAUUCAACAAGUCAGCUGCUGAGUGAAUAAGACAUAUCAGACCAGUCAGUCUGCCUCAAUCAAUCAGUUUUAUAUAUAAAGCCCAAUAUCACAAAUCACAAUUUGCCUUACAGGGCUUUACAGCAAAUGACAUCCCUUAGGACCCUCACAGCAGAUCAGGAAAACUCCUCAAAAAAACCCUUAAAUGGGGAAAAAAACGGUAGAAACCUCAGGAAGAGCAACUGAGGAGGGAUCCCUCUUCCAGGACGGACAGACGUGCAAUAGAUGUCGUACAGAACAGAUCAACAUGAUAAAUUAACAGUAAUCCGUAUGACACAAUGAGACAGAAAGAGAGAUAGAGAGAGAGAUGCAGGACAGACGGUAAUGACAGUAGCUUACAACAGCAUUAAUGAAAGUAAUAAUAUUAAUUAAUAUUAAUAUUAAUAAUUAAUAUUACCUACAGGCUAUUAAACAUUAUUCCACUCACAUGACAUGCAGGACAAUUAAUGAUGGGCAAAUGUGUGUGUGUGUGUGCGUGCGUGCGUGCAUGCGUGGUGUUAUAUCAACACGUGUGGUUCUGGACAUGAGCAGCUGCACAUUUAACAGUCACACAUCACCGACAGUCCACUGAACAACGCAACGGGUUGUGAAUGAAAUAAACUUAAUUACAACAGUCUUGCAGGAAAUAUCAUUAACAUUACUCUUUGUAGUCACGUAGGCAGGGUUUCACUUACCAGCCAGGCUGGUAUAAGGUAUGUGGUGAAAGUGCCACACCCUUUCAGCACAGUAGAAACUCUGGGGCCAUAUUCACAAUGCUUCCUAGUACAAAGAGUUGCUCCUGGUGACAAAAUUCUACAAAAAUUCCAUAGCGUUUUCUAAGAAUUCCCCCUAAAAGUCAAGACCAGAGUCUGGUAAAGAUAAAUGUUUAUAAGGUAAUAUAAGGUGAAAAACUGUUAGGAGAGGCUUAAGGAUUUCUUAAGCAGAGGAGAAAAUGGUGGAAACACAAAGAGGUCAGAGAAAUAUUUCUCCCUCUUCCUCUCACUGGCUUCCUCCAUCCUCUCUUCCCAGGGCACCAUUAGCUCCAACGAGAGAACCUGCUUGGAUUUCUCUGAGAGCAGGACGAUGUCUGGUCUAAGGCUGAUUUCCACAAUGUUUUCAGGGAAUCUAAGUUGCUUUCCCAGGUCCACCCUGAGCUGCCAGUCCUUCGCUGUUCCCAGGAGGCCUGUUUGGGCUUUCGGUUGGGAAGGUUGUUGUUCUCCGGCUCACACGAAUGAGAUUUCACGCCUUGGUGGUUGCAAGCGCUUGUUCUGGUUGAUGGCAGUGUUGAUGGACUCAGCAACCGCCUUCAGCACCUGGUCAUGGCGCCAGCGAUAGCGGCCAUCUCCAAGUGCUUUAGGACAGCUGCUGAGGAUGUGCUCCAGAGUUCCUCUUCCUUGGUACAAGGGACAUGCUGGAGUAUUGACCUUGCCCCAACAGAAGAGGUUCGAUGGCCUGGGCAGGACAUCAGAGACAGACUGAAUGAGGAAUCUGGUGCAGUAGGGUUCCGCCCUCCACAACUCAGGCCAUGAGAUCUUCCUAUCCAUGGCUUCUUCCCAUCUGGUCCAUGCGCCCGGUUGUCUCAAUCCCACUGUCUGGCUUGCAUGCUGCUCCUCGACCCCAGCCCUCACUUCGCGUUGGACCAGGUCCCGCCUUUCCUUGCCCUCAAGCUUGUUGUAUUGACUUGUUGGAAUGGUUCCCAGGCCUGCACUGCCGGUCGCCUCAGUUCCCACGAGCUCUCUGUGACGCAGCCGUGAUUCUGCCUGGUCCACAGCCUCCUGUGCCCUCCACUUUCUGCCAGUCCUCACCUUGAUGCCAGCUUGAGAUACUUUCCGGUCCUUGGAUUCCCUGUACUGGAGCGCUCUGGUAACCAUGAACUCCUCAGUAAGGCUGUUGAUGGGGAGCGUCAGCUUGUUCUUGUUGCCAUAGAGGGCGAUGCUGCUUAGACUUCAAGGUAAGCCCAGCCAACAUUGCAGGUGGCUGCUGACCCUCCUCUCAAGUCCUUCCACAGUGGAGAUUGGAAAUUCGUAUACCAGCAAUGGCCACAGUAUCCUAGGCAGGGCACCAUUCUGGUAUAACCACGCCUUGAAUUUCCCCGGAAGACCUGACUUGUCAACUGUAGUCAGCCACCUCUCCAGUUGUUCAUUGGUUGCCCUGAUGGGAGCGGCAUCCUUUAUCAAAAUAAAAUACAUGUGUUUUGUAUUUUCAAAUACAGGAAGUACUUUUUUUUCUUUUUUCUUUUUAGCAGCGACCCGCAGCUCUAUAGGUCACUCUGUCUGUCAGUCGGUAGGUUGGUUGGUCAGUCCACAAAGCUUUCCAUGAAUAACUCAAAAAGCAGCUAGAGACCAUGAGUAACUAUACCAGAAAGAAUGCCCACAAUUCGUCCAUAGGUGGGACUAUACUAACUGAUUCAGUUCUUUUUGUGAAUAAAAAGUCCUUGACCAAAAAUGCUCAAAAUUUACAUGCUGCAAUUAGAGACCACAAGUAACUAUGCCAAAAAGAACAACCAUGAUUCAUCCAUUAAUGGCGUGAUGAUAGCAAAUUUGGUCACAGCUAUUGCAAAUUUGCGCUUGUUUUCUCACAAUUUGGUAUAGCAAAGUAUUCAGGCUUGGGCUAUAGGCAGUAUUCGAGUUGAGGGGUGAUCAAGGGCAUCCCCCUUGAAAUAAAAACGGUCAAAAUAAUCCCCCUUCUAAAACUGCCAUCCCCCCUUUCCAUCCCUUGUGUCAUUUUUUGAAUGAAUGUGGUAUUACUGCUAUUUCAAGAUUUAGUUUUACCUUUGGUUUCACACAUAUCGAGUAAAAUACUGUGGGCGAGGGCACGCAUGCAAAGAUAUUUUUAGCUGUGCCGUGGAUGUUAUGCCUGUGCCCUAUAGAGGGCGCCCGAACAACGUAUAGUGUAUCCAAAUUCACAAAUGUUCUUCUCUAUGGAUUUUCUCCGCAACCGUGCGUCGUAGCAAGAAGCCACUCAUAUCAAGUGAAACAGCGGAACCGCAGCUUUUCGACAAGACCGACUUGUCGGUAGUCCAAUGUUUUCACAGCAAAAAAAAUGAUAAAAUUACACUAAAAUGAUGUUUAACAAAGCUUUCAUACAGCUUUGCACACACAUUACUCUUGGAUGUAUUACUCACGAAUGCAGGGUCGCACAGAAAUGCCACACGUAUCACAUGAAAGCACAGGACAGGAGCUUUCCAAUGAUACCACACACAUCAUCUAAAAAUACAGAUCAAUUGUCUACAAAAUAAAAACCUGACGAAUUUCUUUACAAUCCAUUAUACAGAUCUUGUUAUCAGUCACUUCAUAUAGUGAGGAAUAAUAUUAUUACUAUUUUUCUAUUAUCUUAGAUGUAAAUAUUGCAUGUUUCUUUCAAAUUUUUUGACUUGUGAAUGAGUCAAUGGAAUUUCUUGCAAUAAUGAAAAACUACUGGCAAUCAUGUCCACCUGGCACAAACCACAUGUUUUGAACAGCUGUGAAGUGACAGAAUGUCCCACCAUCAUGGUUCUUAUAUUGCCAGAUUUCAGAGAGUCUCCCCUCUUCAUAUAUGGCAGAAUAUGUCAACUUCCAACUUGCUAUGGUGAGAUAUAUGUAAAAAUGUAAGAAUUUAGUAACACAGAUUUUUUUUUUCAUUGAUAUAAAAAUUACUAUAAAAUACAGGCACAUAGAAGGACAUGGAAUGAUGGCAAAUCUGGUUAGCCCAGAUUGUCCUGAAAAAAACAAGACAUAGCAUGUGUAUGUAGCCUUUAUAAUGACUGUGAUAUGAGCGUAAAAGUAAAGGCAGUAAAAAUACCCCAAAAAGGCCUAGGGCCCAAAGGGUUUAAACAGUGAUAUUAAAAGGAAGGUGAGAAAUUAUUUUCAGUCCCAAAACUAUUUUUCAGUGUUUCUUUUUUUUAAAUCCACACUUGAAUGUUGGGCAUUUUCAAGAAAAUAUGUAGUUUUCUUAAAAAUCAACUGGAAGAGUAAUGUCGUGUGCUUCCUGCUUCCAGCUUUCCUACAGUGCAGACGCUCUGCUGCUUGCGCUCCGCUUUGCUUACAUUCUUUUGCUUUCAUUCUUGUUUUUCCUUGCUAAAAGCUACAGAAAGUAAAUCCUGGAUACUUAUAGCAUUGGGACCUUAAUUUGUGAGAGAUACAGAGGACUACUGCCAUAUUUUCACCACUUUUUCACAACUUUAGUACUGUGUGAGCAGGGCUGAGGCACAGUGCAAGCCUGAGUGGAGCCGACUUGUGAAGCAACCUGUAGCAACUUAGCUUGGUUUGCUAAGCUAAUGGCUACAUCCAGCCCUCCUGAUGAAAACCAGCAACUUGUUAAGAAAAACAGGAUCAUUGCCAACCUCAAGGAAGACAUCCGAAGGCUGUCAGCGGAACUCAAGUCCCAGUCUGAGCUGCUGACAAACACCCUGGAUGUGGCUCACAAGCAGUCUCUACAGAUCGCCUCGUUAAAAGUUGCUCUUCAGGACACAGUAGCCUGGGAUCCUACCUCCUCUCCUCCGCAGCCCAGCAGUUCAAUGCCCCGUCAUAAGCCGCAAUGGUCGGAGGUGGUGUUACGGAGCAAAAAAAGGACCUCGCUCGGCAUCGGUCUCUCAUCCCAUCUCAGCCUUUCCAACAGAUUUGAGCCUCUGUCAUCGCGGGUCGAAGCACCGGACUCCGAUGAGCACAAGGAUGAUGCAGCCCGUCCCACGUCUCCCCAGUCCGGGAGUCAUCCUCUGCUGGCAGCUCCCCUCCCGGCAGCUCCCCUCCCAGCUAAUAGCUGGCAGCCUCCCUGCGCGGACAGCUCUGUGUCCCCCCUUGCACACACCACGGAAACAGAGCGGCAACAGAGGAAACAGAGUCCCUUAAUUCAUAAAGGUGAGACUAUGAAACUGAGCAAAAACAAAGUUAACGGGUCACAAGCCAGUGCCAGGCCAAGAGCCAGAGAGCAUUCUGCCAAAAACAAAGCUAAGAGGAUAGACACUAUUCUGAUUGGGGAUUUUAUAACGAGGCAGGUGGAAAUGGCCAGGACUGAAAAUCUAACUGUGAAUAACACAUCAGUCAGAGAUGGCAGCUAUGCUACCAGACAUUAUGUCUACACUGCCACAUAUUAAGAAGAUUGUUAUUCAUGCUGGCUCAUCUGAUAUCCUCAUGAAUAAAUCUGGGUCUGAGACCCUAAAGAAAGACUUUUUGUUUUUAUUGGAAACACUUAAAAAACUUCACUCAGGAGUGUCUUUCAUCUCUGGACCUAUCCCAACACUCGGCAGAGGUUGCGAGUCCUUCAGCAGACUCCUUGGCUUAAGCACCUGGCUGUCAUCAGCCUGCCUCGAGCAACAGGUUGGAUUUAUUGACAAUUUUACUAUUUUUUGGAACAUAAAAAGCUGCUUCAUGUCAGACGGGAUUCACCCAAACAACCUUGGCUCCAGACAUCUUGGCUGCAACAUACGUCACACCAUUGAGUCAUCCUAUCAGAACAUAUAUGCACUGAUAAGCAGGAAGGUCAGCACACAGGGAGCAGACAGACAGUUACUGCUCCAAGAACAACAACCGCCUCCCAUGAUGAUGACGUCACGGUCUGUGGCUCUGUCCUCCACAUUACAAGAAACCUGCAGAGAUUGUCUCUGUCCCAGCAAGAAUGUCAAGAAAAGAAGAGAUAGGACAGUCACCAUGCCGCUUUCCCCCUUAUGCCGGCAAUUUCACUCAGCCGACAGCAUGGCGAAAAUAAAAAGAACUGCAGAAAAUCAAGGACAGUCAACCCAUCAAAUCUGAUAUGUAUCUCAUGUCAAACACAGUCUGUCUCUAAACUUAUGCCACAUAACGUUUCACAGCUAGCACUUCUAAAUAUCAGGUCUCUGGCUGGCAAAUCCUUCUUAAUCAAUGAUUUUAUUAACAAGCACAAACUUGAUUUUAUGUUUUUAACUGAAACUUGGCUAGGUCAGGAAAAUAGUGCAGCAGUUUUAAUUGAGACAGCCCCUCCAAAUUUUAGUUUCUUUAGUGAAGCAAGAAUACAUAAGAGAGGAGGCGGAGUUGCCACUCUGUUCAAGGACAGCUUCCAGUGUAAGCAAAUGUUUGUGUCAAUUUGACUCCUUUGAAUAUGUUGCCACUCAGUUAAAAUCCCCCUGUUGAGCAAUUUUAGUGACCAUCUACAGACCCCCCAAAUAUGAUACAAGGUUUUUUGAUGAGUUUGCCAAAUUGCUGUCUAUUGUGUGCAUGGAUUUUGACUGUGUUGUUUUAGUGGGAGAUUUUAACAUUCAUGUUGAUAAUCUUACAGAUGGGUGUGCUAAGGAACUGUUAAAUAUUCUGGAUAACUUUGGGCUUUCUCAGCAUGUCACAGAACCAACACAUAACAAAGGACACAUAUUAGAUCUAAUUAUCUCCAAAGGUCUUAAUAUGUCUGAGGUUGUGGUGAACGAUGUCGCUUUAUCUGACCAUUACUGUGUUUCAUUCAAAAUGACCACCCUUGCUAAUCCUAUGAAAAGUGAAGCAGAGGUGAUCAGAAAGCGUUACAUAAAUGAUAACACCUGUACAUUAUUCACCCAGGGUUUUACACCAUCACAAACCCUGCCCUCAGCUCUAGUUGAUGACCUUGUAAGCAGUUUUAGUUCCAAUGUUAUGACUGUUAUUGAUUCUAUCGCCCCAAUUAAGACCAAAGUUAUGUCAGGUAGGAAAAAGGCACCCUGGAGAAACGCCAUACUGGUUAAAGAAUACAAAAGAGUAUGUAGACAAGCUGAACGCAGGUGGCGAAAAAACAAACUCCAGGUAUGUUACGACAUUUAUAAAGAGAGUCUUCACAACUAUAACCAGGAACUGAAGAAUGCAAGGCAAUCAUAUUUUUCAGAGAUUAUCAAUAGAAACAGUAAUAAUGCCUGCACACUUUUUUCUGUAGUGGAUCACUCCCUCCUGAACUACUGUCUAACAAGUCAUGUAAUGACUUUGCAGCCUUAUUCACAAACAAAAUAUUACAGAUAAGACAGGCAGUGUGCAGCUCCAGCUCAGGAAUGAUAACACUUGUGCCUUCCUGUCCUCCGGUUAAUCCAGGACAUUUUAGCCUCCCAGAUUACACAACUCAAACAGAAACGGUUUCAAAAUUAAAGCCCACAACAUGCUGCCUUGAUAUUCUGCCUUCAAACUUUUUUAAAACCAUUUUUAACUGCAUAGCUCCAGAUGUACUGCAGAUAAUAAAUACUUCUCUUAAAGCAGGCCAGUUUCCCCAGGCCUUGAAAACUGCAGUAAUAAAACCUCUCCUAAAAAAAUCAAAUCUGGACGCCACAACAAUUAGUAACUAUAGGCCAAUAUCAAAUCUGCCAUUUUUGGGAAAAAUCAUUGAAAGUGUUGUCUUUCAGCAAAUCCACACUUUGAUGAUGCAAAACAAUCUUUUUAACACAUUUCAGUCUGGAUUUCGGCCACACCACAGCACUGAGACUGUACUUAUCAAAGUCUUAAAUGAUAUUCAUCAGAAUAAUGAUGCAUGCAAAUCCUCUGUCCUGGUAUUACUAGAUCUCAGUGCUGCAUUUGAUACAGUUGAUCAUAAUAUACUACGUAGCAGAUUGGAAAAGUGGGUGGAACUCACCGGCACUGUGCUACAAUGGUUCAAAUCUUACUUACAAGAUAGGGAUUUUUUGUGUCAAAUGGUAACCGUGAAUCUGAGCGAACUACAAUCACAUGUGGGGUUCCUCAAUGGUCCAUUCUUGGACCACUUCUAUUCAACAUCUACAUGCUACCCCUAGCCCAGAUUAUGGAACAUCACAACAUCGCCUAUCAUACGUAUGCCGACGACACACAACUCUAUAUCUCAGUGUCAUCACACGACUAUAGUCCCUUACUCUCAUUGAGUAACUGUAUUCAUCAAAUCAAUGACUGGAUGUGCCAGAAUUUUCUCCAGCUAAAUCCAGAAAAGACAGAGGUAUUAAUUUUUGGCCCUAGAAAUGAAAGGGCAAAGAUCAGCGCCCACCUUGGCUCUAUGUCAUUGACAGCUACAAAUCAAGCCAGAAAUCUUGGUGUUAUUAUUGACUCAGACCUGAACUUCAACAGCCAUUUAAAGUUCAUUACUAAAUCUGCCUAUUACCACCUGAAAAAUAUAGCUAGAAUUAAGGGGUUUCUGUCUAAACAAGACAUGGAAAAACUUAUUCAUGCAUUCAUUUUUAGUAGGUUGGAUUAUUGCAAUGGCUUAUUUACAGGCCUUAACAAAAAAUCAAUCAAACAGCUGCAGCUGAUUCAGAACGCUGCCGCCAGAGUCCUUACAAACACCAGGAAACUGGACCAUAUUACACCAGUCAUUAAAUCGCUACACUGGCUUCCUGUGAGUCAAAGAAUAGAUUUUAAAAUCUUACUGCUGGUCUACAAAGCCCUAAAUGGUCUCGGACCAAAAUACAUGCUUGAUCUACUGGUUCCCUACGUAGCAUCCAGACCCCUUAGGUCAUCUGGAACAGGUUUGUUGUGUGUUCCAAGAACAAGAACCAAGCAAGGUGAGGCAGCAUUCAGUUAUUAUGCUCCUCACCAGUGGAACAAACUUCCUGUAGAUCUGAGGUCUGCUCAAACUGUCAGCUCCUUUAAAUCAGGGCUAAAAACACUAUUGUUUACUGAAGCGUACUCUUAGAUUAAAUACUUACCUGCUGUAUUCUACUGCCCAUACUUUUUAACUACACACUGCUGAUUUAUGCCUUUUAUUAUUCUACUUCUUUUCUUAUCCUGACUGUUCAAUGUAUUGAGCCUGUUUUUAUUUUAUGUUACUGUCCCUUUUUAAUCGACUGUUGUCGACUGUUGUUUUAAUUUGUGUCUUGUUGCUUUUAAUGUCUCUGUAAAGCACUUUGAGUUACCUUGUGUUGAAUUGUGCUAUACAAAUAAACUUGCCUUGCCUUGCAUAAGAUUUCUGCUCAGUCAUUCUAACAAAACCAUAAUGAGCUUGUUUUCUUCACAUAACACAUGAGGAUAACUAUGGGCAAGCAAGGGUAAGAAAUGUUAAGAACAAAAAGCAUGAUUAUGAAAAUCUCUGGAAACCUUUAUGAGAUAGGGGAGAGUGGGGUAGGCAGCCAUAGAAUUGGUCCUAUGUAUUUUGUAUUAUUUGUAUUUUUAAUAUAUUUUUAUAUUUUAAGUUUCAAUUUGCACUCCAUGCCCAGAAGUUGGAAAUUUUAACCUACAAUAUUUGUAUUUGUAUCAAUAAAGAUCAACA